GAGAGAGAGCUGAGUGGAGUCUGCAUCUGAACUGGUAAGUGUGAGGCAUAUGUUGCAGUUACUGGCCUUAGAAAAGAAGAGAGGUGGAAAGAGAUUUCCAAGACGGGAUAUCCUAGCAACACCCCCCCUCUCUUGCAUCCCCAAACUUCAAAGCAGAGCUGUGAGUCUGGGGAACUCCCCUGUCUCUUGCCUCCCAGCCGUUUUCUUCUGCUACUCGCUGUUGUCCCAGCAGCCAGCCCCCGCCUCUCUUCUCAGGAAGCUCGGGUCUCCCUGGGAGCCCGGCUGCCCUUGGGGGAGGCCUCUGAGCUGUGUGCCCUAGAGCUCCGCCAGCUUUCGGGCGGACAGAAGAGGGGCUCUGCGCCCCCCGCGUGGCGCGCGCUAAGCUCAGCAGGAGGGAGCGUCUCGGCGGAGGAGUGAGGAGGACGUGAGGGAGAGGCACGCCAGAACCUCGGUCCCGGGCGCCCUGGUCGGCCGCGGAGGAACUGCUGCCUCCAACAGGUGGGCUCAUUUCCCGGAGGCAGACCAGCCUGAAGUAUCGAAUGCAAAUUCAGCCGCGGGCUAGGAAGCACUAACCAAAGCCUGCAGGAUGGACUUCGUCAUGAAGCAAGCCCUCGGAGGGGCCACCAAGGACAUGGGGAAGAUGCUGGGGGGAGAGGAGGAGAAGGACCCUGACGCGCAGAAGAAGGAGGAGGAGCGGCAGGAGGCCCUCCGGCAGCAGGAGGAGGAGCGCAAGGCCAAGCAUGCGCGCAUGGAAGCCGAGCGCGAGAAGGUCCGGCAGCAGAUCCGAGACAAGUAUGGGCUGAAGAAGAAGGAAGAGAAGGAGGCGGAGGAAAAGGCAGCGUUGGAACAGCCUUGUGAGGGAAGCCUGACCCGACCCAAAAAAGCCAUCCCUGCCGGGUGUGGGGAUGAGGAGGAGGAGGAAGAGGAGAGCAUCCUGGACACAGUGCUCAAAUACCUGCCCGGGCCGCUGCAGGACAUGUUCAAGAAGUAACCCAUCCUCCUGCCCCAUCCACCUUAUGACUUUUUUGUUGGUGGUGGUCUUUCUUUUCUUUUUAUUCAGUUAAGUAUCAGUUCCAAAGGGGAAAACCUCAGUUGGCCUCUGCCCCCUUUCCCUAGCCAGGGGUACCUCCCCUCUGUUCUCCUUUACCCUCCCUUCCUCCCAUGGUUCCUAGUCCUGUUUCACUCCCAAAUAGCUUGAAAAAGGAAGACAGCUUUACUCCAGAAGGGGGCUUUGAACCCAGAACCAAAGGCACUGGGUGCCCCUCCAGAAGCCCAAGAUCUAUGUUAGUGUGGCAUUUCCCCCCAUACAUUCCUUCAUGCUCCCCACUGCCAGGAGGACCACUGUCCCCAGCCAGCCAAAGUAAUGACACAUUCCAGCCCUGCCCAGCAUGCUGACCCUUGGCCUCUAAAUGCCCAGUGGGAGUCCAGGGCAGGGCAGGGGCACUGAGUGGCCUGGCUCUGAGGAAGGCUGUUCACAGUGAGCCUGCCCCAAGAGAGCCUAGCCCUGAGAGGCUCUAGCUGGGUCUGCCCAGGUUAGAGUCUGGGCAAGAGACUUGGGCUGUCCUCUCCCCCUCUUCCUGGUGAUACCAACCCAGGAGCACACCUCUCUCCCCAACCCCUACCUAAAACAGCAGGGCCCCUGCCAAGCUGCUCCCUCCAAAUGAACCCUCUUUGGACUUUAGCACACCUGUGGAGAGCCCAGGGCAAGGCAACCCCUUAUUCCCCCUCAUCUGACUUAGGCCCUGGGACCCCACUGCCAGGCUAGGCCCCAGUUUGCCCAGCCAAGGGGCUGCCCAGGCCCCCAGAAAAUACUUGGAGCCAUCGGGCAGUGAUGGUCUGUGCCAUAGGACCCGUCAUUGGUACAGCCAAACUGCCCCCAUUCCUAUCCACCUUUCUCCCCUUCCAUGUCCUGUCCAUGUGCUUCCAAGCCCCUGUUGUCCCCAGGAGGACCCUUCUUGGUCAAAGCCCCAAGCAGCUGGGGAAAGGCCAAUUCCCACCUGACAAGAGACUGUCCAUUCAUCCCACUGGCCAAGAAUCAGCUCUCCUUUGAGAUGUAUAGGGUUGCCAUCUGCCCUCACAGCCUGCGUUGUUGAGGCUGCCUGCUCUGUGACUUGUGUAGAAAUGGAGCAGGGAUGGAGGAGGAGGGGCAAAAGAGGGAUGAAUGUGUGAGUUCACACACACACACACACACACACAUCAGAUAACAUGUGGCAAACCCCAUCAUGCAUCUAUGUACGGUUAGAGUGUGGUGUCUUGAGAUUGCAUGUGUGUGUUAGUCAUCAUACCUCUGUGCUAGAGAUUGUUCAUAUGAUGUACAAUGUGUAUAUGUGUUUGUGGGCCGUGGUGUGCCUGAGUUUCAAUUAUGUUCUCAGUGUGUGCCUGCCAUCUCCCGUGUUUAAAGAUUGCAUGUGUUAGCUUGUAUAUGCAUGUAUUUUCAAAAUGGCAUGUGUGUCAAGAGUGAUGGUUACAUGUAAGAUGCAGAAAUGUGUGUUUGAGAGAACUGUCAGGUGGGCCAAGACUGGUGGUGAUCAUGUGUGUGGGUCUAUAACAGGCAGUUGUAUGCAUGUCUGUGCUUGGACAGCAAGAACCGGAGUAAGAUGCCCCCUCCCAUUAGUUACAGGUGGCCACAUCUGACAGGAGACCUUACCCUUGGCCUAGAGUCCUCCUACCCUUGGGGGUUUCCUACCUGAGGUCCUCAGAAUUCUGCUGGGACAGACCCAGGCAGUGCCCCAGGAAGCCAUGCUGGGCCCCCACCAGGGCCUAUCCCAAAAGCAGGGGCCCAGGAGAGGGCGACUUGCCCCCUCCAAAAGCCUCUGUCCCACUGGCCCUGUUGCAUUCUGCAGGUUUUCCAUUUUAGUGGACUUUCGCUUUUAUUUCAGAGAAGACAUGUGUCUUCCUGUCCGUUUCCAAUAGUUAAAGCCAUAUCAGUUAGACCGCAAUACUUUCAAGAGGAGACUAAACAAUCCAUAUGUUUAGGGAACCAGAAAAGUCCCCUGGUCUGUCCCUUCUCUAAGGAGCAGGGCCUUGGCAGCUCCGGCUCCUGGGACUUACCCUUCUCCCCCACCCUCUUGUACCCCUGUGUCUUUCCACAGGGGCCAGUGUUUGUGUCUAUGUCUGUGAUGGGGAGCCAUCUUGCACCCCUAUUGUCUGCUUGUUUCUGUCUUCUAUCCUGGGCAGGAUGGUCAUUCUCAAGAGCCUUGGGGUCCUGGGCCAGAGACAGGCAGGGACCAGGCCAGGGACCCCAGACCUCCCUAAACCCUGAGUAAGACUCCCACCAGAACACAAGGAUGGAUACCAGUGUUAAGAAAGGCUGUCCCCUUGACAGGGACCCUUAGACCUCAAGGAGGACAGCAGGGCACAGAGCACCACAUGGCAGUAGAGACCAAGACCCAAGGACCUGCAGAUAAGCAAGAAAACCCAGCCAUGCCAGACAGCCCACAUGGGCCUGCGGGAACCCGGACCCUUCAGCUGGUGUCCUUGGUGGUUUCCAUGGCCCCUCUGGGUACCCAGAGUGGGCUUGGAGCUUUUCAUCCCCACCCACAGUCCUCAGGCUGAGCUGGCUUAGUCGAGGUCUAAGUCUCCUCUUUUCCAUGCCCAGACGGCAGAUUCUGAGGUCUUUGGGGGGUGUUUUUGGGCAUGGUCAGCGCUGCAGGUGUGGGUGGGGUGGAUCUCUCACUACCUGGGGGUGUAAGCAAGAGAGAGAAUUUCUGCUUGGUGUAUAUCUGGUUCCACCCACACAAAGCCCAGGGGAUAUAAAGAUUGACAUGUCUGACACAGACCUGACUAUGGGGAGAAAGCAAUGGGUGACCCUUAAAGAAUCCUAUGUACGACAUUCUCGGGAGGACAAAACUUGGGCACUUGAUCAGGAUAAAGAGUGUCUGUUCACCUGAUGUGCCUAGAGCAGGAGCUGUGUGUGUAUCCCCCGCAGAAUAAACAGAUGCGCACAUCCAACAGGAAUCAUAACAUGCAAGUGAAAAGAGGCUCCAGAGUCCACACAUGGACACACAUGCACACACGUGCACACACGUGCACACACGUGCACACACGUGCACACACAUGCACACACAUACACACACGUGCGCACGCGUGUGCACACACACACACAGUACAUGGCUGGAGACAGAAUGAGGUGCACUGCUGACACAGGCAUGCGCACUCUCGGGGAAAGAAAGCUGCCAACCAGGCUCCUGCGCCUGGGAGUCAGCAUCAGAGAGAAGGAGGCAGAGGACUCUCUGGAGAUGACACAGGGUUUCCAAAGUGCAUAUCCUCCACAUCGGCCCCAAAGCACUGAAAAAGGGAGUCCUUGCAGUGGAGCUUCAAUGAGUGCCUCCUUCAGUGGAGCUGAGAGGUCCGUAGGCCAUCCCAGGCAUGGAAGAGAGAGAAAAUGAGGGAGCAGGAAGAGACAAUGCUGCAGCCCAGGGCCCCGUCACACGUGGGGUGGCUGUGGGCAAAGCAGCCGUCCUAAAGACCUGUGACUGGAAUAAGGAUGGCGUGGGAUCUCCAGCCUCAAGGGCUAGCGCCAGCUAGCAAAUGCCCACCCACAUCAUCCUGUUCCAUCUUUCUAGGGUUUAGCCAGCCUUCGGCUGUGCUGGGAGGCCUGGGGGUCAGACUGGCUCCCAUUGGGGGUACAUCCCAGGUCUAAGGGUAUACCGCCCAGCAAAUGUCCCUGCUCUAUUCCCCAUUCCUGUUGCCCUCCCCUUUUCACCAAGGAGAGAACAGAGGUGCUCCUCCUGGCCCCAGGAUGGGGGUGGGGAGUUCUACCGAGACCCAGGUGAGAUGGACCAUCCUGCUCAUGUGAGGGAACCCCUUUCCCACAACUGUGCUCUGUCCUCGUUGCUCUGCUUCCUUUCAAUGUGUCGGUAUCUGGGGGAAGGGAGGGCCACCCCCUCCCUGCACUCCCUUGAGUCUGACCAAAAGCCAUGGCUGUGCUCCCCACUUUGUACGAUGCAAAUGGUAAGAUGUACAAAACCAACCAUGACAACAAAGAAAAAGCCUUGUACAGCA